UCGAGGAGCUCAGGACAGCACGAGGUCUCCCACAGAGCCCCCCCCCCCCAGUGAGGGUUGAGGGGGUUCUAGGGGAGGCUGCAAUCUGGUGGGGAGCGGGGGGUUCCAGGGCAUCUUGAAUGAAUGGACACAUUGCCUUCUGGACAGACAGCCGCAGCCGAAGAAGAACGGUGUGACCGUGACCUCGAGAAAGAAGUCUGGCAACAGGGGGCCCCCUGCACAGCCUACAGUGGCCCGAAGUCCAGGGGAGCCCCUGGGAAGACCUAGGCGGAGACCAGCCACAAGAGCCUGCGGCCAGAGGUGGUUGCCACGGACAUGUCCUGGGUCCUGAAUGAGACGCCUGGUGUCCUUGUCACCCUCACUGAACUGGUGUUUCUAGCUGAGCCCAGGCACUGACUGGCCAAGGACCCCCAUCGGAGAGCCUCGGACACCCUAACAGUGAACGAGAAUGGGGGACGAGGAUUACAACACCUCCCUCACCUACGAUGAUGAGUACUUGGAUGAUUUUGACCCCAUCAUGGUUUUGGAUGAGUCUUCUCCCCUGGAAGGCAAGGUGGCCAGGAUCUUCCUGGUGGUGGUCUACAGCAUCGUCUGCUUCCUCGGGAUCCUGGGCAAUGGGCUGGUGAUUGUCAUCGCUACCUUCAAGAUGAAGAAGACGGUGAACGCAGUCUGGUUCCUCAACCUGGCUGUGGCGGACUUCCUGUUCAACAUCUUCCUCCCAAUCCACAUCGCCUACGCCGCCAUGGACUACCACUGGGUUUUUGGGACGGCCAUGUGCAAGAUCAGCAACUUCCUGCUCAUCCACAACAUGUACACCAGCGUCUUCCUGCUGACCGCCAUCAGCUUCGACCGCUGCAUCUCCGUGCUCCUCCCCGUCUGGUCCCAGAACCACCGCAGCGUGCGGCUGGCCUCCGUGGCCUGCGCGCUUAUCUGGGUCCUGGCUUUCUUCCUGAGCUCCCCAUCCCUCAUCUUCCGGGACACAGCCCUCGUGCAUGAGAAAAUAUCCUGCUUUAACAACUUCAGCCUGUCUGCGUCCGGCUCCGCGCCGUGGCCUGCCCACUCCCGCCUGGACCCCGUGGGCUUCAGCCGGCACAUGGUGGUGACCGUCACCCGCUUCCUCUGUGGCUUCCUGGUCCCCGUGCUCAUCAUCACAGCCUGCUACUUCACCAUCGUCUGCAAGCUGCGGCGCAACCGCCUGGCCAAGACCAGGAAACCCUUCAAGGUCAUCGUGACCAUCAUAACCACCUUCUUCCUCUGCUGGUGCCCCUACCACAUGCUCUACCUGCUGGAGCUACACCAUGCCGCCAUGCCCGGCUCUGUCUUCAGCCUGGGUUUGCCCCUGGCCACGGCCAUUGCCAUUGCCAACAGCUGCAUGAACCCCAUUCUCUAUGUCUUCAUGGGCCAGGACUUCAAGAAGUUCAAGGUGGCCCUCUUCUCCCGCUUGGUCAAUGCUCUGAGCGAGGACACGGUCCACUCCUCCUACCCCAGCCACAGGAGCUUUACCAAGAUGUCAUCGAUGAAUGACAGGGAGACCAGCAUGCUUUGAAGCUCUGCUGGGAACCCCCGAUGGACAGACAUUCCAGCCUUGAAGGCCCAAAGCUCUGGCUUCUUAAGACCAGGGCAGAAACAUCUUCAAUAUCCACCCAUGCCCACUGUAGUCUGCAGGGGGCUGACCAGUGUUUUGAGCUGGGAGUCCAGGGCUUCGAACUCCUUUCUUCAAGAGGCAAGGUGGACAGGGUAUGCCAUGACGCUCUCCAACUUACACCAGCAUCCCAUUCUUCUCAGGAGACCAGCCUUGGCCAACACAAAGCAAAAACAGGAGAAUUCUCAAAGUCACUGCCAUGAACUGGGAUGAGAAUAAGACAGAGGGAUAAAGCUACCUACUGUGUGCUCCCCUGGAAUGUCAAACACUCUGCAGGGUGUCUUCUCCUGGUAGGAGCAAGGGGAGGUCAGAGCAGACUCUAUGUGAUGCCAAUCACACCUCAGCCCAUUUGCCUCUAUCACCAACCAGCCAGAAAUCCCACCACCUACACCAUUGCUCUGGUCGGGAAAGUGAAGAUGCACAGGUUACCAGGGAGGGAGGGGAAAGGGACAUACGAGCUCGUGCAUGGCCAGAACCAUGGAUUUGGCUUUCAGAUCAGCUGGGAACACAGAGAACAGGUCCUGAGAGGCCUUGUGGGCUCUCCAUGAAGGCAAGACACGUGGGGCCACCAUAAGGACUUGGGGCCUGGGGAAGCAGAGGAGGGAGAGGACUAAGGCCCUCAAAGGAGGCAGCAUGCAGGUGCUCACCUUAGAACUUCCCAGGGUCAUGGUGCUUUGGGACACAGCUAUUUCGGGGAUCGGGGUGGUGCCAGCCCCUCCCCGCUAGCCCUGCUCUCAUCUGGCAUUUGUCGCCUCAGGGCUGGGUCACAGCGGUCAGCAACACCUGUAGCUUCCACCCCAUCAUGGGGACUGUCCCUUCCCUGGUCCGCUGACUCUGGCUACAAGUGCUCAGAAUAAAACUCUCCAGGGCGGAGGCCCAGAGAAGGAGGGCCUCUCUUGCUCCUCAGCUUCCUCAAAGCCUUGCUCAAACCAGCUUCGGGAAUCAACCUGGGAGUUCCACGCAGGUUGAAGAGCGUGUCCCAGUGCUCAGUCUCUGAACUCAGCAGGGCCUGGAGACUGACGCCUUGUGCUGUGCCCCUGAGAUGCAGGCCGUGGGGUGCUGCAGGCGUGGAGCCUCUCCUGGUGCAGCCCUGUUGCCUUUUCUCAACUAGGACCAAUACCCUCCUAUGCCAGGGUGUCACUGUCCCAUAUACAAAUGACAAAGCUGAGGGUCAGUUGGAGGGGGGGAGGAUGGGAAGUAAGUAACUCACUCAGAGACUCGCAGUAGAAGCAGAGUUAACAUGUGAACCCAGCUCUGUCUGGCUCCAGAACCUUUUUUGCUGUUGUUUUUUUUUUAAUGGCAAAUGUAUCUAUUGAGAAUAUUCUAGAAUGUCAUGAUAGCUUACAUUUAUUUAGCACCCCCUAUGCUAAACACUUUGAUGCGUUAUCUCAUUUAUUCCUCCCGGCAGCCCUGAGUUAGGUACAGUUAUUACUUCCUUUUUACAUAUGAGGUAUAGCUGAAGCUCAGAGAGGUUGAGUUACUUCCCUGAGGGCGUCCAGCUGAUCUCUGCCAGAACCUGGAUUUGAAACGAGGUCUGUCUGGCUCGAAUAAGGCUACAGAAUCAGGGUCUGAAGAGAAGCUUGGGGGUUUGACCAUAAAUAUUGAUUCCUCAGCAGAUUCUUAUAAAUAUCUUCAUGACUUAUAAUCCAGUUUUGCUAAUGGUUUUCCAAAAUGACCCAACAUGGCAAAGAAAGCACACUUGGCCUCUAGUUCCCCGACAUCCCUCCACAUGUGCCCACCAGGGUCUCCAUCUCCUGAACCCCCUGAGAGCUCCAGGGAAGGCAGUGGGGGUAAAGCAGCCAGGCCGGAGGCAGUCACUGGUGGGCCCGAGGCCGUGUAGCCUCCGAGUGUCCACAUCCUCUUCCCUUCCAAGUGCUGCUGUUGUGAAGCUGAUUCCCUGACAAGAUGCAACGAACAGAUGUAAUGUCUACACAGCUCUGGACAACUUCCCAAGGCCGUGAGCUGUUUGGUAAUCACACCUCAUUAAGAGACAGACUGUUCCUUCCCUCCUUGGGUCAUUGUGCUUAUGAUGAGGCAGCUCUGAAUUAACCCCAAGAAGGGCGACCAAUGGCUUUAAGAAAUCUGAGCUUGGACCAUCUGAGAGCAAAAAGGGAGCUUGAAAUAUUGCCCGGUGCCCCUUGUCACCCCCUCCCCAACUUCACAGGUAAAGCAAGUAAGGCACAAGACAGUGUAGGACAGGUUCCAGGCCCCAGAGACGGUCAUCAGCCACUCAGGCUCUGAUCCCCCGGGUGCUACUUGCUCUGGCUGGGUCCCCCACUCCUCCUGGGCUGCGUGCAGGCCAGGCCAGGUCCCGGAGCCAGGAAAUCAUUUUGUCGUUGGAGAAGUUGAUGAACAGGAGUGAAAUCCAAACCAGCUGUUUCCUCCUUGGGGUCAGGCCUCUUUCUGGCUGCCCCACCAGGAGUUUCCCAUUAAAUACUUAAAUGCAACCAUGAUAUCCUCCUGAAUCUUUUCCCUGCAGCUUCUUCCAAGGAUCUCACAGGUCAUUCAUACAAAAGUCCUGUGGUUCACUCCACAGGCAGCCAACGUGUUUUGUGCCUGAGAGGCCCCCUUUGGGGCCAGGACCAGGCCAAUGGGGUGUCAGUGCUGCUUCCUGGGUGGGGGGGGGCACUGAGGGCUCACGGGGAAGCAGGCAUAAAGACAAGAAGUGAAGGUGGUGUUUGGGAGGCCGGAGAGCAGGAAGCACAGAGGAAAUGCAGAAUAGAGAGAAAGCAAAAGAGUCUGGCAUUUAUUAAGCAUCUACUGUGUGUCAGGUGCUCACAAUCUCAUCAGACCCCAAAAUGAGAAGAGGACCAGCAGAGCCACAUGGGUGAUGCAGAAAGGGAGGCUGGGAUUGCAGACCCCACCUGUUCAGGGUCACACAGCUAGUAAACGGCAGAGCCGGGCUUUGAACCCGUGCAGCUGCCUGAGCUCCCUGCUUCUUCAGCCUGUGGGAGGAAGGAGAGAGAAAGGGAUGGGAUGGGGGGGAGAGGGAGCAAAAGGAUGGAGGAGGGUCUCAGGAGGGGACAGUGACCUGGAUGUGGUGUUGGCUGAAGUCAGAGGAAAGAGUCUGGCUUAAACCUACCCCUGAAGUCAGCUCUGGAGGGCACAGGGACCAGGCUGGGUGGAGAGGAGGGAAUCCAACAGUGAGAGCCAUGAGGGCCUUUCCCUUCCACAGAUGAGGGAACCGAGAGCUGCCCUUUGCUGCAAACAGAGUUGGUAUUUGCUUGGAUGGAGGUGGCCCCUGAUUCCCCAGCCCUUCCCUCUCCUGUUCCUCCCUGGUAUGCUGUGCUCUGGCUGGAGCCAGGGUGCCCUGGUCCUGUGGCUGCCAAACCCUGGAUUUGGAAAAUUGCUGCUGCGGGUGGUACCCAGGACCAGGGGGAACCACGAAGCCACUUAUCCAACCAUGAAAUAACUCAGGAGGGGGCUUGCUUGCUUUCUCCCUUUGAGGGCAAAGUUGCUUUUGAAUAAAGAGACUGAGGCAAGAGUGGGGCUCCAUGCCAGAUGUUCCUGCCCCCCAAAACACUCUUGCCUUCCUCAUUCACCUCACAGAGCAGCAGGUGAGGCUCAGAGACAUGUAGUGCGCUAUCCAAAGUCACACAGCAGUGUUGUGAGGCAGCAGGAGGAAGCCCAAAAUUCCCUACCAUUCUCCAAAUUUAGGACAUCAAAGAAUCUGCAUUUUAAAAAGCAUUCCCUUCACUUAUCUCAAUUUCUUAGCAACCGAAGGGAGUAGAUUGUUAGUAACUGGCUCAAGAUAGCAUCCACCCAUUCACACCAACAUGCAUCCACUCACCCACCCACCCACCCAACAACCAUCCACCUACCCAUCCGAUUUACAUAAUGAUUCUAUAUCCACCCAUUCAUCUAUUCCAUAAAAAUCUAUUUAAUACCUUCUGUUUGCCAGGCCCCGUGGUGGGCACUGGGAAUGCAAGGAUGAUCAGGGCAUGCACAGUCUCUGUCCUUAAGAGCUCAUUCAUUGCUUAGUGGGAGAGACAGCCAAUAAUUUUUUUAAAACCACACCCUCGAUGGGAAACCACUACACUAAGCCCCACAUAUUAUAGAGAGAUCUGACCCUGUCCAAAGACCAGGGAAACCUCCUCGGGCAAGCAACGCUUGAGUUGAGAUGUGUAGCACAGGUAGGUGCUGAUUCAAUGGUGGGCAGUGGGGAGGGGUGCCAGAGAGGGUGUUCCAGGGGGUGGGAACAGCAUGGAAGGGGACAGUGAUGGCGAGGGACUGAAGGGGGUUGGGGCCGCAGCAGAGGGUGUAGGAAGAGCACAGAGCAGACAGGAUGAAGAGGAGGGCAGCAGAGGCCACGUGCAGGGCAGCGACCUGCUCAGAUCCGCAUGUUGCAAUGAUGCCCAAUGCGGGGGCGGGGGGGGGGUGCUGCUCUGGGCAGGACAGGCUGGGGCAGGGGAGAAGGGGAAGCCAGGAGGCUGGGGCAGCUCCAGGUGAGUGCAGUGGGAGCAGAGGUAGAGCUCAAGAGAAGUGGACUAUCCUAGAGAUGCUUACAGGCUACCCAAGCUUUCUCAGGGGAGCGGUUAGCGGGAAGCCAACCCAGGGCCAUUUCAGCUGCACAAAGGCCUCGGUGCAUUGCUUUAUUGAUGGAAAUUAAUUGUAAAUAUUAUUCAAAUUUACCUCCCAAUGCACAAUUACAUUUCUCAGGGGAGUCCUCUGAGCACAUAAUAAAGCCCUAUAAAUAAUACAUAUAUUAACCUAAGAAGAUCAGAGGCACAUUAAUGCUGCACUUUGCGGGUGGUGGCUGUGGGGAAUUUAUGCAGACAAGACUCUGAGUGCUUGGACUAGGGUUUGACUUUGGAGGUCACCCGAGUUCUGUCCUGGGGAUCUUCCAGAAGUCUCUUUCCACCCCACCCGCCCCCGCCACUGCCCCCUGGAAGGCUGCCAGCUAUUGCUCUAGAGUCCUGGCCAACCGGCAGGAGGGGGCAAAGAGAAAAGGUGGUAAAGGAUGGAAGAAGCACAGGUGUAUAGGAUGCUUACUUUGUGCCCAAAGCUUCAAGAAAGCAAUACUCACAAUAAUAAUAGGUCAUAUUAAUGGAGCAUGCCCAGGGGUUGGGUAUCUUCCAAGUGUUUUGGUUGUAUUAACUCGAUGAAUCCUUAUGACCACCUUUGUGGUAGGAGCCGUUCCUCUCCCCACUUCCAAAUGAGGAAAUGAAGGUUCAGAGAGGUGUGAUGUCUUUCCUGGCGUCACACAGCUAGUAAGUGACAGAGCUAGGAUUCAAACCCAAGUGUGUUUGACUCGAAAGCAACUUGCAAACACAAACUAUCCUCUAAUGAGAUCCCUCCCUGGAGAGAGGAAGGCAAGCAUAUGCUCCCCAUCCAGUGUUAGAUCUUAAGGAGGUGGGAGUGGGGGGAUUUGACGGAUUGCUUUUUCCUCUCGGAGGAAGGAAAUGGUGUCUGGAUGGGCUUGUCAUUUCCUCACAGCCCCGGGAAUCUUAAAAGCCACAUCCCUUCUCAUCCCCCACCCUCCCGCCAUUUACAGAUGGUGAAACUGAGGCUCUUUGCAGAUCGGAGCAGAACCUCCCAGCUCACUCACUGCUGGGAUGCGAGAUCCCAUACCACCCACUAUUCUAGAGACCUGGGCAUUCACUGAGCUACUCUUUUCAUAGUUUGGUGCUAAUCUACCCUGAAACUACCCCUGCCCAGGAUCUGAGGGGCACUGGGGGCAUUUCCAGCAGGAUCCUGUAAAGGGAAGGCAGGAGGCCUUGGAAAACCCUGGUACAAGGCAGAGACAUGCCAUGUUUGGGGCAUAAAUGUUAUCCCUCACAGUCGUCCUACAGAUGGGUGACAAUGCUAUCUGGAUCUAGGUGGUAGUGGUUGUGAUGUGGCUAUCUUUAUACAUCAAACCUCAUUUGUCUAUACAUAUAUGAUUACUGCACUUUACUGCAGUAAGUUAUGCCUUAAUAAAAGUAUUUUGAAAAGUAAAUUCUUAAAUAAAAUUUAAAAUUCAUGAAUUAGCUCACAGUGUCUGCAGGAGUGGCUCCCCACCUCCUUUGGUGGUCUGGACAGAAUCAAGUCUGGGGGCUUCAAUCUGAUUCAAGAGAACAACUCAGAGGGAAGUAGAAAGGCAGCACCUCAGGAAGGACUCCCAGGGGUCACCCCAGCCCUGUCGCCUGACUCAACGGGCUUUUGAUGGCUAUGACACAGGGUCACGUGGGCUCAGGUGUCAGAAUGCUCAGGCUUGGAUCCCAGCUCCACCACUUACAUCAGCUAGGGUUAAUGCCUUAUGACUUGGACAAGAAGCUCAACAUCUCCAAAGCUUCCAUUUUCUCAUCUGUAAGAUGGGUAUAAGAAGAAUCUGGAGCUCACAAGGCUGUCAUGAGGAUUCAGUGAGAUGUUGCACAUAAGCACUUAGCAGGUGUAGGGCUCGCAUACAUCACCCACUUUCAUAUGGAAGUACAUCAGCCUCCCCACUGGUCUCCACGCUUCUAGCCUCACUCCCCAUGACCCACGCUCCAUGAAGCAGCCAGAGUGAGCUUCCAUCACAGAGCACAGCAAGCCAAACCCCUUAACAGGGGCUUACAAAGCCCUAGAGGCUCGGCACUGCCUCCUCCAUCCUCAGCAUCUACUGCUCCCGACCCAGGCAUCCCGCCCUGCCUUUGCAUUGGCUGUUCCCAGACUGCUGAUGGCAUGGCCGGAUCCCCCUCCUCCUUCAGGUCCCAGCUUCUCCUGAGUGAGCCCUUUCCUGAGCCCUCCCUGCAGGUAAAGCAGCCCCAUCCCUAUUCACUACCAGACCCCCUUUUCCAUCCAUUACACUACUUCCUGCCAUCUGGACGUUUAUGUAUUUGUGUUAGCUGCCUUAAGUCUGUCCCUCUGUGGGGCCGGGAGCUCCAUCAGGGUGGAGGAGCCCUUGUCUGUCUGGUGCCCCUCUGUAUCCUCGGCACCCAGAGCGGUGCUCAGCCCAGGAACGGUGCUCAUGAUCCUUUGUUGGGCACAUGGAGAAAUUACCAUAAGCUAACAUUGGUUUUCUCAAAUCAUCAUCAUCAUCAUUGAGUUUAAAGACGAUCACUAUUUGCAGUACACAGUUUCCAAAGUGUUCUCACACUUUUUUUCCUAUCCUGAUGAAAUGUGUGGGAGAAGACAAUCCCCCGUUUAACAGAUGUGGAUACUGAGGCCCCAGCUCACUUGGUUCAGACGUGGAAAAGCCACUAUGGAGCUCCUGCCCUGGUACCAUCAGAAGCACUCCCAAACCAAGGAGGUUUCCAUUCAGUGCUUUUAUCUCCCCUGGCCUUUUUCCCCUUUCCUCUUUGUCUGAUUAAUUGCAGCCUGAAAAUAAAGGAACCAGAUGCCUCCCCACCCACCACACGCCCCUGCAUUGUUUUGUAGUUCUUUUCCGGACCAGGACUCUGUUAAGGAUUUGGCUGGUAGGACCGUGACCACAAACUUCCUGUGUUUAUCUUUCCACUUAGAAAUCCUGGAGGGAGCAAGGAACUGGGUGCCAGGUCUGUGGUGGGCACUGGGCGAUGCUAAGGGCAGAAAGUCCAGUGACACCUGAUGCCCGAAUACCCCCACAACCCAGAUGCCUAGUUCUGGGAGAGGUGGACCCCAGGAUUAUCUUUUCCAUGGUUCCCACUGUGCAGAUGUUUGGCACCCAUACAGCAAAUAUCUGGAUAACUGAAUGAGUUUCUGGUUGGCUCCCAGAUGUUGGAGCUGUGGACCAAGGUCACAUACACAUGGGGAGCUGGGAAAGGGUGGAGUUUCAGCCGUGGCUGGUGGGUGGUAACAGCUGGUGAGUUUCUAGUUGAUGGCAAGCAGUUUGCUAUGCACCGGUGAUGGCCCAGAAUUGAUUGGGAAGGAAUGAUGUGUGAUGGCCUUUCAGGCACAGUGACAAGCAGCCAGAAGCGAUGUCACAUCCAUCAUCUUGUUUCAUCCUCCAUAAAAACCUGCUGGGUAAAACCAUCUUCACUUUAGAGACAAAGAUGCUGAAGUUCAAAGGGGUUGAAGACAUUUCCCAAACCCACACUGAUAGCCUCACAUUGAUUUUUAUUGAGCAUCUGCUAUGUGCCAGGGACUGUGCUGGGUUCUGGGGAUACAUCAGUAGUCACUGCCCUAAUGUUCACAAAACUUAUGACAUAUUAGUAAGUAUAAGAGCUAGGAUUGGAACCCACAUCUGGGUUGCCUUGUGGCUUCUUAUGCUCCUCCACUAGGUAUGCUGCUUUUUGAGUUAUAGAACCUAGGUGCAGAGCAAUCAGUACAGAAUGGAGAGAAGGGCUUUCUGUUGUAACGCCUCAAACCUCUCGGGAAUUAGAGAGAGAAAACUCACAUCUUGGCUGGGAAUUGAGAUCGAUUCUGGGAACCAGGAUGCAGCUGUCAGCAACUGCUCUCCCCUCCCUGACUCCUCAAAAUAGGACAGUGAUUGAUCCCCACAGCUCUUUGCCUCCUUUGAAAGACCAGCAGGGAGACAGCAAUGCUUAACCCAAGACAAUGGCAUGCUCAAGGUGGAAUUGCAGGAACCGGGCAGAUUGGCAGAACAAGAAAUUUGGAAUGGAGGGGGUUCCAUGGUCGCCUUCCAGACUCACUAUAGGAUCAAUAGGUUUUUAAUCUGAAAUGUCACCUUUUCUAGAUCCUGGAUUGUAACCGUCGCCUUGAUCCCCUGGCCACGGCAUCUUUAAGGAUGCAGAUAGAUCAAUGGAAACGGCUUAUUUAAUCUUAAUAUGGCAGAUGAUCAUGCCCUUGCAGUCAGUUGAGCCAAACCCCUGCCCAGGGGAGGGAAGUUAGUCCCACAUCCAUUGGAGGUGAGCCAGGGCAAGAACCCAGUAGUCCCCAUGCCCAGUGAUUUUGUUCCUUGCUCUCACACGUGACCAUAUGCGCCCUUUAACAGCUUGGUCUUUUGUCACAUUUUGGUUCAGACACAUCAAUUCCUGUAAACUUGAGAAGGAGAGAAACAAAAUCAGUGUAUCUGGUUUUCUGUAUAUACAAAUAACACAAAUAAAAGUCCUAAUAAUCCA